AUGGAAGGUGUCUACUUUAACGUGGAUAAUGGGUUUAUUGAAGGCCUAGUUAGAGGUUAUAGAAAUGGUCUUUUGACAAGCAACCAAUAUAUUAAUUUAACCCAGUGUGAUACUUUAGAAGAUUUGAAAUUACAAUUGUCUUCUACCGAUUAUGGUAAUAUGUUAUCUUCAAUCUCAACUGAUGGAUUGACCACUUCUGUCAUUCAAGAACGUGCUUCUGAAAAAUUAUACCAGCAAUUUAAUUAUAUUAGAGAUCAGACUAGUGGGAAUACUAGAAAAUUUUUGGAUUAUAUAACAUAUGGCUACAUGAUAGAUAAUGUAGCUUUAAUGAUCACUGGUACUAUUCAUGAACGUGAUAAAUCAGAAAUUUUAAACCGUUGCCAUCCGUUGGGUUGGUUCGACACAUUACCAACCUUAUCUGUUGCUACUGAUCUGGAUUCAUUGUAUAAUACAGUCUUGGUCGACACUCCUUUAGCCCCAUAUUUCCUUGACUGUUUUGAUGCAGCCGAUGAACUAGAUGACUUAAAUAUUGAAAUUAUCAGAAAUAAACUAUACAAAGCCUAUCUAGAGGAUUUCUUUAAGUUUGUUUCAGAAAAAAUAGACGAACCUGCUCGUGAAGCAAUGCGAGAUUUAUUAGGCUUUGAAGCAGACAGAAGGACUAUCAACAUUUCUUUGAAUUCUUUACAAAGUACUGAAAUAGAUCCAGUAUUAAAGCGUGAUCUGUUACCAGACUUGGGUAAAUUAUUCCCAAUUGCCACUCAUCGUUUGGCAGAAGCACAAGAUUUCGAAUCAGUUAGAGCAGUAGUCGGUGAUGUCUAUGAAUAUCGUACAAUUCUAGAGUCCGGUAAUCUAGAAGAUCAUUUCUAUCAAUUGGAAAUGGAAUUAUGUAGAGACGCAUUCACACAACAAUUCACAGUAAGUACAAUUUGGGCUUGGAUGAAAUCUAUGGAACAAGAAGUGAGAAAUAUUACAUGGAUAGCAGAAUGUAUAGCCCAGAACCAAAGAGAAAGAAUAAAUAAUUACAUUUCUGUUUAUUAA